UCCUCCUCCUCCUCCUCCUCUUUUUUAGAAGCAGCAAUCGGAGAUGGAUGUCUCUCUUUGCCCUACCAAGUGCAGUUUCUGGAGGAUUUUUUUGCUGGGAAGCUUCUGGCUGGACUAUCUGGGUUCGGUGCUGGCUUGCCCUGCGAACUGUGUCUGCAGUAAGACAGAGAUCAAUUGCAAGAAUCCCGAUGAUGGGAAUCUCUUCCCCCUCUUGGAAGGGCAGGAUUCAGGGAACAGCAAUGGCAACGCCAGCAUCAAUAUCACGGACAUCUCAAGGAAUAUCACUUCCAUACACAUAGAAAACUGGCGGAGCUUACAUACACUCAAUGCAGUGGACAUGGAGCUGUAUACUGGACUUCAAAAACUGACUAUCAAGAACUCAGGACUUCGGAACAUCCAGCCUCGGGCAUUUGCCAAGAACCCUCACUUACGCUACAUAAAUCUCUCCAGCAACCGGCUCACCACACUGUCAUGGCAACUCUUCCAGACAUUGAGUCUCCGUGAACUGAGAUUAGAGCAAAAUUUCUUCAACUGUAGCUGUGACAUCCGCUGGAUGCAGCUGUGGCAAGAGCAGGGUGAGGCCAAACUGAACAGUCAGAAUCUCUUCUGCAUCAGCACAGAUGGCUCUCGAAUUCCCCUGCAGCGUAUGAACAUCACCCAGUGUGACCUCCCUGAGAUCAGUGUAAGCCAUAUCAACCUGACCGUGCGAGAAGGUGAGAAUGCUGUCAUCACCUGUAAUGGCUCUGGCUCCCCUCUGCCUGAUGUGGACUGGACUGUCACAGGGCUACAGUCCAUCAAUACCCACCAGACAAACCUUAACUGGACCAAUGUUCAUGCCAUCAACCUGACCCUGGUCAAUGUCACCAGUGAAGACAAUGGCUUCACCUUGACCUGCAUUGCUGAGAAUGUGGUGGGCAUGAGUAAUGCUAGUGUGGCACUCACCGUUUACUAUCCUCCACGUGUGAUGAGCCUAGAGGAACCUGAACUGCGGCUGGAGCACUGCAUCGAGUUUGUGGUCCGGGGAAACCCACCCCCAACCCUGCACUGGCUGCACAAUGGGCAGCCACUGAGGGAAUCGAAGAUCAUUCGGGUGGAGUACUACCAGGAGGGUGAGGUCUCUGAAGGCUGCCUCCUCUUCAAUAAACCCACUCAUUAUAACAAUGGCAACUACACCCUUAUUGCCAAAAACCAGCUGGGCACAGCCAAUCAGACCAUCAAAGGUCACUUCCUCAAGGAGCCCUUUCCAGAGAGUACGGAUAACUUUGUCUCAAUCUAUGAAGUGAGCCCCACACCUCCUAUCACCGUGACCCACAAACCAGAGGAGGACACUUUUGGGGUAUCCAUAGCUGUUGGACUUGCAGCUUUUGCCUGUGUCCUUUUGGUGGUUCUCUUUAUCAUGAUCAACAAGUAUGGCAGACGGUCCAAGUUUGGAAUGAAAGGUCCAGUGGCCGUAAUCAGUGGUGAGGAGGAUUCAGCAAGCCCACUACAUCACAUAAACCAUGGUAUCACCACACCCUCGUCGCUGGACGCCGGGCCGGACACAGUGGUGAUCGGCAUGACUCGAAUUCCUGUCAUUGAGAACCCUCAGUACUUCCGACAGGGACACAACUGCCACAAGCCGGACACAUGUUUCAGAGAAGUUAUGUUGAAUCCAAUAAGCCUUCCUGGCCAUCCCAAGCCUCUUAAUCGUGGCAUUUAUGUUGAGGAUGUCAAUGUUUAUUUCAGCAAAGGACGCCAUGGCUUUUAGAACUCCUUUACAGCCUCCCUUGUCUGAUGUCACCUUGGUAGGCUGGGCCCUAAGAGAGGUUGGAAGCAGUAGGCCAUUGUUCUGUUUGGAUCCAGGGCUGCUAAACAGAACACUUUGCAAACCACCUGUGUGCACCCCACUUCCCUACAAACACACCUUUUAAUACCAACAGAAAUGGGUGGUCUCCCAUAGGCCAAUGGCAGGGUUGCCCUUUUUCUCCAAUGAUCACUGUGCUCCUUCUACCUUCCUGCAAGGCACCACCAUGGUGAGAGCCAAUAAAGCAAAUUAAAAACCAGUGCUCUAGGAGCUGUCUUUUAAACACACCUAGUUUUCUUGCUUUACAAAAAACAAAACAAAAUAAAAUAAAAUAAACACCACCUCUUCAGCAACAAAAGUCAAGCCUGGCAGAGCCCAGCCAUGCUCUGAACAUGCUUUCCUCACACGGACACUUGUGGGUCUCCCUGGCUCUCCUUGGGACAUCAUGUCGCCCUCUUAGUGACCUCGCUGCCACCCAUGUGACCUCAGACUGGGGAAAAGCCACAGACGGCACUUGCGCAGAGGUGGAGACGGCCUGGUAAGAGAGGAAAAGCCAGAGUUGAGUGUUGGCAUCAAAUUAGGGUCCCAGAGGGAAGAAUGGAAACCAAUUUUUUUUCCUUUGGUGGAGAAAUUUGUACUUACUUUGAAAUAUGAUCCUCCCUUCCCAUCUCCUUAUGUCGUCUUCUGUAAGAGGAAGGCUCCCAGUGUGUGCAAAUGUUAGAAAACUCCCAAGGGGAGAUGAGUAUUUUCUUUAAGCCUCCUCUCUGGCCUCUCUGUCCCCCAACUCUGCUGUUUUGAUGAGCUUUGCCUGCAGGAUGCCUUGCCUUUGCCAUGGGAAGGAAAGAUCAGGCCAUUGAAUUGGCCACUCCGCCAAGACCAUGGGGACCAGAGAAGCAAGGGCCCUGUGGCCCUUUCUGCCUCUCCACCAUCCCUGGAUCUUCUCUUUUCUCCCUAUCUCUUGUUCUUGAGAAUCUUUGGAACCCAAUUUAUACACACCUUCAAAGCAAAGAUGAACUGAAGGGGGAAAAGAAGCUAAAAUUGGCCUUCUGUGGCCCUUCCCCAGCACCAAUGGAAGUGUCAAUCCUGUUCUCUGGUCAAUAUUUGUGUUUCCUUUGUUUGCUUUGACUCAUGUCUUACUCCAUAGCCACAUUCCUCAAGGGAGAGGACUUCCUUCCCUUCCCUCCACUUGGAAAAAAACAACAACAAACAAACAACAAAACAAACAAAACCUCCUAAUCCAGUGGGGAGAAGGAAGGGCUAGGGGGCUCAGCAUCUUUGCAGAGUGUGUUCCAACUUUAGGUCUCUUCCUCAUUGGGAGAAAUGAUACUUAGUUUUAAUCAUUUAAAGAAAGGUGAACACUUUUUUCUUGCAAUAUCAGAUUCUUCUGGCAUAUUUCCCAGUUGGACCCACUGACUUGGCUCAUCUGCCCAAUGCCCCUCAGUGCCUGCCCCCUUGAGGAAUGCAAGGCAGGCUACAGUGGAAUCAUGAGAUGUCUAGUGAUGGGCCUUAGGGUGUUGGGGGUUUUGAGCAUCUCCACUACUUCCUCCUAAGUUUAAAGAUUCCUUUUCAAAAUUUUGUCUCAGAGUUAAAUUUUUCUUUCCAUAUUCUCACUUCUGAAACCCUGCUUGGGUAGAAAUUGUCACAUCAGGUCUAAAGACUGAUUUUGUAGAUCCCUCUAUAGGAUUUUUGGAGAAAACUCCAAACUUCUCAAAUUCUCCUUCCCCUCCAUAGUGAGGCCUAAGCCUCCCCUCCAUUUCCCAAAACUAUAUGUGGAUGGCUGAUUUUUACCUCAGGGCUUCAAGAUGUACCCUGUCUCUCCUACUGAGGUAACUCACCGUGCCCCUCACCCCACCUGCCUUUUAGCUCUCCCCAUUGCUUCAUAGCAGCCUUUUUAUUCCUCAUUGCUCCCUGUUGAGCCUGAGGGAACAGGGCCUGCUCCCAAGUGUGUGGCUUUAAGGAGUAAGCGUGAGGAUGUUUUUUAAUUAUUGUAAAUCAUUACCUCAUUUCCGGCCUCCCAGGCAUCAUCCAUCCCAACAUUCUUUAUCCUGCCAUCACUUUCACCUUGUGCUAUGACAAUGGGACAUUGCGUUUCCACAGAGACUUAUAGGAGUGUUCAGUGUAUAGUUUCUUAAUAAACAC